UAUUUUUCCUUAUUAUUAUAAAAUGCAACCACGCUUCCAUCGCAUUCACUUCUUCGCCCUUUUCCUGGGUCUGCGGUGUGGACGGAACUCUCUCGGUUGCUUGCAAGGGAAGGAUGGGUCGAUUGAGCAGAACUAUAUAUGUGGGUAAUCUUCCUGGAGAUAUUCGUGAGAGUGAAGUUGAAGAUUUGUUUUACAAGUAUGGGCCCAUUGUUGAAAUUGAUUUGAAAAUCCCUCCAAGACCUCCUGGCUAUGCUUUCAUUGAGUUUGAAGAUCCCCGUGAUGCUGAUGAUGCUAUCCGUGGUCGGGAUGGUUAUAAUUUUGAUGGCUGUCAAUUGAGGGUUGAGAUUGCACGUGGACGGAGGGGAUCUUCAUAUGAUCGUCAUAGUAGUGGAAGUAGUCGUGGUGGAGUUUCAAGGCGUACAGAGUAUCGGGUAUUGGUGACCGGACUCCCAUCUUCUGCUUCAUGGCAGGACUUGAAGGAUCACAUGCGUCAAGCUGGAGAUGUGUGUUUCUCUCAAGUUUAUCGUGAUCGUGAUGGUAUGCGGGGAGUUGUUGAUUAUACAAACUAUGACGACAUGAAAUAUGCAAUUAAAAAGCUUGACGAUUCUCUCUUCAGAAAUCGAUAUUCUCGGGCUUACAUUCGGGUCGAUGAAUAUGAUAGUAGACGGAGUUAUUCCCGAAGCCCAAGUAGGAGCAAGAGUCCAUAUUCAAGAAGCAGAAGUCCAUAUCGCACCUCUGAUGGAAAGGGCCGGAGUAGAAGGUAUCAUUUUUACUCAUUUUCUCAAUCUCGAAUGAAAGCACCAACACAGAAUAUAUCAAAGAACAACUCACAGAUGAUUGAGAUGCGCAGUGCCUCUCCGCGUGGGAAACAUUCUCGCCGUUCAUCAUACAGAUCUCGUUCAAGGUCAAUUUCAUCACGCUCUAGAUCGGCAUCUCCACAGCGCUCUGCAUCAAGAUCCCCGUCAAGAUCAAGAAGUGCAUCCCCACGUCCUAAAUCUGGAGAUGCGAGCCCAAUCCCUAGCAAGAACAGAUCCAGAUCCCGAUCGGUAUCCAACUCUCCUGUUUCAGGAGGUCACUGAGGGAACCCAAGUCUGAGACAUGGAAAGCCUACGGGCAGCAUCAGUGCAAGCGUAGUCUGAAGCUUUGUGAGUUGUGUGAGACUUAUAUCUUUCAGGUACUGUUUUAAGGCUAUUUGGAGUUCUAAAUGGAGUAUUGACCUGUAGUAUUUGGUUGUUGGCAUAACUAAAAUUUGUACUGUCUGUCCUUCCAAACCCUUAAUGGGACGUUGUUUGUUCCUAUA